UGCAUCUCCAACUUUCCGGCACUUGGGUUAAAAAAGUGCACACUCUGAUUGGGUAGCGGCGGGGUGGGGACCCGGGCACCGUACUGCAAACUGGCUGCCCGCUCGGAUGUCCGUGCUGGGAGUCUCUCCGCCCAGCCGGACCUCUGAGCAGGGCUCCACCACCAUCACCUCCUCCUCAGCACAAGACACUGGGGGUCAGGAGCGUUUGCAGCUUGCAGUGGCCGUGGAGCGGUCCCGUGCACUGCGGAGAGCGAGCUUCAGCAGCAACCCCGCUUGCAUGGCACUCCCGCCUUCCGGCUAGGUCACCCCCAAACGCCUGCAGACGUCGGCAGAGGCUCCAGCGACCCCCCCCCCACACACACCCCCAAAGCGGCGGAUGGAGGACCAUGCCCUGCCUGUAGGAUGCUACCAACCAGGAUAAGCACAGUGCACCCCGCUUCUGUCUGCUGAGAGAGGCACUCCACGUCUCCCUCCUUGCACAUGGUGGUCUCGGUAAGGUAACAUCAGGAGGACAAGCAUCCAAGACCAUCUGAAACUGUCAGUAGACAUGAUGACCCUUCUGCUUCUGCUGCUGUUCCUCUGCGAGGCCCAGAGCCGGGUGGCGUCAAAGCCCAACUUCGUCCUGCUGAUGGCUGACGACCUUGGCAUCGGGGACCCCGGUUGCUACGGCAACAAGACUCUCAGGACUCCCAAUAUCGACCGCCUGGCCAGAGGGGGCGCGAAGCUCACACAGCACCUGGCAGCGUCGCCCCUCUGCACGCCCAGCAGGGCAGCCUUCAUGACCGGCCGGUACCCUGUCCGCUCAGGAGUAGCAUCUCAGUCCCAAGUGGGAGUCUUCCUCUUCUCGGCCUCUUCUGGAGGACUGCCCCCCAGUGAGAUUACGUUCGCCAAGCUUCUGAAGGAUCAAGGCUAUUCCACGGCUCUGAUAGGCAAGUGGCACCUGGGCAUCAGCUGCCACGACCGCGGCGACUUCUGUCACCACCCGACCAGCCACGGCUUCGACUACUUCCACGGGCUGCCCGUGACCAACCUGCGGGACUGCAAGCCGGGCGAGGGCAGCGUGUUCACCCGGGCCUUCCGGCUGCUGGUGUUCGUGCCCCUGCAGCUCAUCGCCGUGGCCCUGCUGACCCUGGCCUUGCUCAAGUGGCUGCGGCUCUGCCGGGCGCCCCCCUGCGUCUUCCUCUUCCUCUUCCUCCUGGCCGCCCUACUCCUCGGCCUCCUGCUCGGCUUCCUGCACUACUUCCGGCCGCUCAACUGCUUCCUGAUGCGGAACCGUGACGUCACGCAGCAGCCCAUGUCCUACGACAACCUCACGCAGAGGCUCACGGCGGACGCCGCCCGCUUCUUACGUCGGAAUGCUGAGACCCCUUUCCUGCUUGUCCUGUCUUACCUGCAUGUGCACACGGCUCUCUUCUCUUCGAAGGACUUUGCCGGCAAAAGUCAACACGGCUCCUACGGGGAUGCCGCUGAGGAGAUGGAUUGGAGCGUCGGGCAGAUCUUGGAUGUCCUUGAUGAGCUGAAACUGGCUAAUAACACCCUGGUGUACUUCUCCUCCGACCAAGGAGCUCACGUAGAGGAGGUGACCGUCAAAGGGGAAGUUCAAGGAGGCAGUAACGGUAUCUAUAAAGGGGGAAAAGCCAACAACUGGGAAGGAGGCAUCCGGGUUCCCGGCAUCUUCCGGUGGCCGGGAGUGAUCCGGGCUGGCUUGGAGAUUGAUGAGCCCACCAGCAACAUGGACAUCUUUCCCACGGUGGCCAAACUCGCGGGAUCUCCUCUGCCGCAAGACAGGGUCAUCGACGGCCGGGACCUGAUGCCCUUGCUGCAGGGGCGAGCCCAGCGAUCAGAGCACGAGUUUCUCUUCCACUACUGCAACUUCUACCUGAACGCCGUGCGCUGGCAUCCACCCAACAGCACGUCUAUCUGGAAGGCCUUUUUCUUCACCCCCAAGUUCUCCCCCGAGGGCGCCAAUGGAUGCUUUCCCACCCACCUGUGUUUCUGUCACGGGCAGUACGUCACCUACCACGACCCGCCCCUGCUGUUUGAGAUUUCCAGAGACCCCCGGGAGAGAAACCCGUUAACCCCGACAUCGGAGCCGCGGUUCCAGGAGAUCCUGGAGGCCAUGCAGGAGGCGGCAGCCCGCCACACCCGAACCCUUCAGGAUGUCCCCAACCAGCUGUCGCUGGGGAACCUGAUCUGGAAGCCGUGGCUGCAGCUGUGCUGCUCGUCAUGGGGGCUGUCCUGCCAGUGUGACCGGGAGGAUCAGGAUGGGAGACAGAGCCUUUAGCCGUUAUCGGCAGCAUCUGGGGGUGCACAGGGUGGGGGGGCCACCCUGCCGGCAGCAUCAGGGAUGAACGCCCAGGAUCGACCCUGGGGGAAGGCAGCCCUGGCCACCUCCCUCCUCCCCACGCACCUGGAGGCUCCAUCAAGACCCCCUUCCACACAUACACACACACACACACACACACACACCUGUCCACCCCCCCGCCCCAGGGAGGGGGGGAAUCAACGUUUGCAAUAAGCAGAGACACAGAUGUUAUUUACGUCUUCCGAGGCCAGUUGUUCACGUGGACGGAUGACUGGGCAAUGAGUGUCCAACAUCUGUGCAGUGGAGGGCAGGAAAGGGCGCAGGUGAGCUGCUGACCUCUCAGACAGCGUGAUCCACAGCUGAAGGCGUCGCUUACUCCACAGCUGACUUGAUGCACCGGCCACCAAGAUUCCCCCUAGAGAGCAUUGCGUGGCAGUGAAUCAAAUGUUAAGUGUUGACUGAAAUCUAACACGUGCCCCUUUUUUACCCUGCGUAAAAGAGCAUCUUGCCCAAUCACGGAUGAUGGUUAAGUGGCCGUCUUCUGGUUUCUGAAAGGCGAUUAUUGUCAGUAUUAUUUGCAAAUAGGUAUGAAACACUCUUCACGCUAUCCAUGUUUGUACAUGGAUAUGUGUCUUUCUUUGAGAGGUCUGCAAUAUUUAGAAGCUCCUCACUGUUGAAGGAGAAGCAACAGAGACUUGCAAGUGUGGUUUGUGCGACCGCCUUUUGGUGAGCUCUCAGCAAAUGUCGAAGCUGAGACACACCUCUCCGGUCCGAGUGUUCCCAGCCCGUCAUUUGUAGCAUGCUGUUUGGCUUCUGCUGUCCCUUGGGUGAACAGCAUUUCUGAACCAAGAGUCCAACUUCAGAGAUUCUGCAGUCCGAGAAAUCCCCUCUAACAGAUUCAGAAUUAUUGGCGUGUGAAAUGUAUGCUAUUUCACAGGGGUUGGGGGUUUGGGGUGGGGGAGACACAAGCCAUCAGACAUAAGCAGUCAAUGACCCACACCCACAAAGACUCGAGCAAUCACACAUAAACAGUCCACGACCCAUACC